AUGACGACCACUACAACUGAAAACAUAACUGGAACGAUCCACGAUCGAGCCUAUAUUCCUCGAGGCUCAGCAACCGCCCGCCUUGUCUUCUACGCGCCACCCCCAGAUAACUCCGCUCCAUACAACUAUGUUGAACCCCAACCACCGGGCAAGCUUCAACGCAACUAUCUGCAAAACGAACAAAAAGUAACAAUAACCGACAUCCGUAACGCCGAAAGCUCCUUUAGCUUGGACAAAGAUGCCUUCCAAGCCUUUCAACAAAUCCCUACAUCAACAACCUACCAGACAUUCGACUCAGAGACGUCCAUCCGAGAGACCUACUACCCAGAAGUUGAAUCCCUCCUCCUAUCAAAGAUACCAGGAGCCCACAAAAUCGUCCUCUUCGACCAUACAAUCCGUCGCCAGAAGGACGGCGCACCCCGCCAACCCGUUACACGCGUCCACGUCGACCAAACACGCCGAGCAGCCGCAGAUCGUGUACGACUCCACGUACCAGAUCCCGAAGAAGCAGAAAAGCUACUGAAAGGACGCUAUCGCAUCGUCAACGUCUGGCGUUCACUCACCGACGAACCGGUCCAAUCCGCUCCUUUAGCCUUCGCUUCUGCAACUUCUGUACAGCCUGAUGAUCUGGUACCCGUCCAGCAUCGGUACCCGAACCGGGUUGGGGAGACUCUCGGGGUGAAGUUUAAUGAGGGCCAGAGGUGGUAUUAUUGGUCUGGUAUGACACCUGAUGAGCGCCUGUUGCUUAAAUGCUCUGAUUCGGAGGUAGUCUUAGAUUCUGGCGCUGGGAUUGGGGAGUCUGUCCCCCACACAGCUUUUUGGGAUGACAGAACCCCUGUUGGGGCCAGAGGAAGGGAGAGUAUUGAGGUCAGAGCUUUGGUCUUUGGGUGA